AUGCCUUCUGAUCUUCCACAAACACCACAAAGUCCUUCCAAUACUCCAGGCUCCACCGAUAUAUCCUCGAAAAAUACAGUUUCUCCACGGAUAAAUACGUCGCUUCCAACACCCGCUCACAGCAUUAACGGCAGCAUGUCAACUAUUCAUUCUGCCAUUGAGGCAUCCCAAUCAGAAGAUCUCACGAACAAGCGCAAGAGAGAUGUUGAAGAUCUUGGCGAUCGAGACCAGAAGAAAGUUCAUGUCGAGGACAGCAGACCUAGUAUUGACGAUCUCCAUCAGGAUGUCGGUAAAAAAUACCUUCUCUGCAGAACUCUUCAUAAGCCUCAGCACUUGAAUAUCAAACAAGAUUUAUACGGUCGGUUUGGUCUGCAGGAAAUUGCUGCCAGUCUUGCUCGAGUCACUCCAGAUGGGAAGAAGAACACGGUUCGAAAAACUUACAAAGGAUACAUAAAAUCCUUGGGUAUCGCUGGACAGUUUGAUGCAGUGAAGGGCCCAGAGCCAGAUCAACCCGGAUCACUCUAUUCUUUGAUCAAUCCCGCGGGGCCCACCUCGAUCAGGGAAGCAUGGGAUCAAAUUGAAGUACAAGGAAGAGAAAUUGAUAAAGGCAUCCCGGACGAGUUACGAUCGAAUCUCAGCAAAGCUGUAAUCAUGACUAGAGGUACCAUUCCAAAAGACCGAUGGAAUCAUUCUGUUAUUGGAGAAAUGGGUAAUCAAAUUGUCAACGAUCCUUUGAAAGCUGUUCCCGCGAAGGCAAAGGCUCCGAUUUCGCAGGGCACUAUGAGUGUUCCAAAGCAGAACAGAGGAACGGCAGAUAUCGCACGUCCAAAGAGAGCUGUUAAGAAGCGAUCGUAUGGUGAUGCCAGUUACGAAGGUUAUGGCGAAGGUUACAUCGAUGACGAAGCUGGAUAUUCCACUGGCGAUGGUGAUGACAGAGCCGGUGGUCGAAAGCGACCUAAGAAGGUGGGUAGUGUGCUAUAUCCAUCAAACGUGCAAGCUAACAAGGGAAAGACUCCAACAUCUCACGGUUUUCAAGGACCGAUGCGUCAAAGUUACGGACCUGGAAUGGUUGGUGCUUGA